AUGGAACAGACCAUUUGGUGGUACUUUUUUCUACAAAGAUCCAUUCGUGAAGUCAAGAAGCAGAACAAAAUAGAUCUGUCCAUGCAGAUAUUCACCGAGGACAUUGCAUGCUCUGACAGUCCUCUAUAUGUACCAGCAACAAACUUCGAUACAGGGAAUGACAUAAUCAGCAAGUUAAUACCAAUGAUGACAAAACAUAACAUUGAAGAUUAUCAGCUGUGGUUCUGCCCUGGCCAUGGGAAAGCUCCAAGGCCACUCCAAGGGCAUGAGUAUCCACAUGACAUUAUGAUGAUAAAUGUUCAAAAGAACUUCCGUCCACAAGAAUUAAGAAAUUUUACAAGUAUAAAUUCCUUACCUCAGCUAUUCAAGAAAUAUCUAACAUCUGAUGCACAGGGGCAAUUCAUCUUAAAGCCCAAAGACUCAGAAAGAAUCCAGCAGGAAAAAAAUAAAAAUGGAAAAACUCUUAAGAAACCAAAAACUUCUAUAACAUCGUGGUGGCACAGGGGCUCUGUGCGCCACCAGGACCAAGUAUGCAGUAGCCCACGAGUUAGUAAGGGAGGAAAACUGUUUGGAAGAGAACUCAGUUCCAUUUGUCAUGAUAACAAACUGCCCUCAGCAAUUCUGGACAUGCUGUCCCUACUAAAAAGGGAAGGGCCCACAACCAAGGGUGUCUUUACAGUAUCUCCGAGUGUAGCCCUGUGCCAAACAGUGAAGGACAAAUUGGAUUCAGACGAAGAGGUGGACAUGAACAAGCUAUCUGUGCAUGUAGUGGCCUGGAUCUUUAAGGACUUCCUACAAAACAUUGAAGGAAGUCUGAUGACUUCAAAGCUCUAUGAUGAAUGGAUUGCUGUAACCGAAAAGAUCAAUGAGGAAGAGAAAUUAGCAGCAGUGCAGAGUCUUUUAGAAAAACUGCCAACUGCAAAUGCUGCUCUGCUGGGGCAACUUUUUCAAAUUUUAUUUGAAGUUAAAAGUAAUUCUUCGGUUAAUGGAAUGUCUUCUUACCAUCUGUCUUGUGGGAUAGCCCCAUGUCUCUUAUUCAUGCCCAGCUCCUGCAAUAAUGGGGGGACAAAUGACAUUGCCAAAAAGAUAUCUCUGACAACAUUUAUGAUUGAAAAUGCUCGAAAACUAUUCGGGGAGGACUUGGUUGAGGUUUGGUAUGAAACAUCUCUAUUUCAUCCUCCCGGAGAGAAGUCCUCACGUUCCCAGAAUACUGCCAUAAACACCAGCACCAUGAAGGAAGUAGAACGUGGACACUGCAGCUGCCCCAGUGGCAAGACAUGUACUCCUGGCUAUGAUGCACUGCCGAGAAGUGCAGUUGAUCAUCCUCCCUAUGAGGGCAUUAUGGAUUCAGAGAAACACAAAAGCAGUAGUGUAUAUGCCAGCCCACCAGUACCUUAUCAAAAUCUACCACAUCCAAAAAAGAAAUGUUAUUUUGGGAAAUCUCUUACCAGUAUUUUUGAAGACAAAAAGAUGUCUGAUCUAAUAAUCGAUAUGCUGUCCAUAAUUGCCGAAAAAGGGCAAGACUCAGAUGACAUUUUCAAAAUUAUACCUGAAAAUUCACACUAUUCCUUGAGGAAUAGGAUUGACAAUAAACAAUACAUAAAUUGGAAUCAAGAAAGUGUGAUAAUUAUAGCUUCCGUUUUCACGGACUUUAUUAGAAGCAUUGAUGGAAGCUUGCUGACAUCUGAUUUAUAUGAAAAAUGGCUUAGCGUCCUAGAUGAAGGAACUGUGAUUGAAAAAGUUAUUGCCAUCCAAAGCCUUUUAUUAAAGAUCCCAACAGAAAACCUUAUACUACUAAACCAUCUCAUUUCUGUAUUAGCAAUAAUAAAAGACUCAUCCAUGAAUAAUUUAGACAGUGACAAAUUAGCUCUCCGCAUAGCUCCUUAUCUGCUAAGGGAUGAGACUACAAGGAACUCACCGUUUUUGCAGGAUAUCUCAAGAAAGACGUCUCUUAUACAAAUCAUGAUUGACAACUAUCUGCUAAUAUUUGGAAAUGAUAAAACGUAUUUUAAAAAAACUGACAAAAUAGUGGAUGGACUAAAAUCCUCUACAGAUUCUAUAAGGUCUGCUGACAAAUCACCUAUUAUGAAAGAAGCCAUAGGUGGACACAAUGAGAAAUCCUGGAAUGAUGAAAAAUUAAAUAUUUCACAUGCUGCUCUGAAAAAGGGAGGUUCUACAGAGAAACAACAAGGCAGUAGUGUAUAUGCCAGCCCACCAGGACCUUCCAUAAAUCCACCACAAACGACAAAGAAAUGCUUGUUUGGUAAAGCUCUUAGAAGUAUUUUUGAAGACGAAAAGGUGUCUGGUCUAAUAUUUGAUAUGUUGUCCAUAAUUGCUGAAAAAGGGCAAGACUCAGAUGACAUUUUCAAGAUUAUACCUGAAAAUUCACACUGGUCCUUGAGGAAUAAGAUUGACAGUGAACAAUACAUAAAUUGGAAUCAAGAAAGUGUGAUAAUUAUAGCAUCCGUUUUAAUGAACUUUAUUAGAAGCAUUGGUGGAAGCUUGCUGACAUCUGAUUUAUAUGAAAAAUGGCUUAGCGUCCUAGAUGAAGGAACUGUGAUUGAAAAAGUUAUUGCCAUCCAAAGUCUUUUAGUAAAGAUCCCACCAGAAAACCUUACACUACUAUACCAUCUCAUUUAUGUAUUAGCAAUAAUAAAAGACUCAUCCAUGAAUAAUUUAGACAGUGACAGAUUAGCUCUCCGCAUAGCUCCUUAUCUGCUAAGGGAUGAGACUACAAGGAACUCACCGUUUUUGCAGGAUAUCUCAAGAAAGAUGUCUAUUAUACAAAUCAUGAUUGACAACUAUCUGCUAAUAUUUGGAAAUUAUCCAACAUAUGGUAAACACAUUGACAAAAGGUCUGAUGGAUUAAAGACCUCUACAGAUUCCAUAAAGUUUGCUGACAAAUCACCUAUUACGGAAGAAUUCAUAGUUGGAAACAAUGGGAAAUCCUGUGAUAAUGAUGAAAAUUUCAAUAUUUUAUAUGCUGCUCUGAAAAAGGAAGGUCCUACAGAUUGGACCUCCCGUAAAUCACCACAAACAACAAAGAAAUGCUUGUUUGGCAAAACUCUUAGGAGUAUUUUUGAAGACAAAAAGGUGUCUGGUCUAAUAUUUGAUAUGUUGUCCAUAAUUGCCAAAAAAGGGCAAGAAUCAGAUGAUUUAUUCAAAAUUAUACAUGAAAAUUCACACUUUUCCUUAAGGAAUAGGAUUGACAGUGAACAAUGCAUUGACUGGAAUGUAGAAAGCGUCCUAGAUAUAGCAUCCGUUUUCAAGGACUUUAUUAAAAACAUAGAUGGAAGCUUGCUGACAUCUGAUUUAUAUGAAGAUUGGCUUACCGUCAUGGAUGAAGGGAGUCUGGUUGGAAGCAUUACUGCCAUCCAAAGACUUUUACUAAGGAUCCCACAAGAAAAUUUUAGUGUACUAAACCAUCUCAUUUCUGUAUUAGCAAUAAUCAAAGACUCAUCCAUGAAUAAUUUAAACAGUAAGAGAUUAUCUAUCCGCAUAGCUCCUUAUGCCCUUUGGGAUCGGACUAGAAGGGGCUCAUUGUUUGGGAGUGAUAUGUCAAAAAAGAUAUCUCUUAUGCAAAUCAUGAUUGACAACUAUAUUCCAAUAUUUGAAAAUGAUAAUAAAUAUUGCUCUGAUGGACUAAAGACAUCUGCUGAUUUCAUAAAUUCUUCAGGAAAAUCAACUAUUAUGAAAGAAGUCAUAGGUGACCACAAUGGGAAAACCUGUGAUGAUGAAGAAUUAGAUAUUUCAUAUACUAUCCUGUAG